GAUAGUAGAGCUGCCGAAGCAUACCGUUGGAAAUAGUUUUCAUGCGCUACACGGGACGCAAGGACGCCAACGACACGCCGUCAAAGCCUUUCCACCCAAAGCGCUAUAACAUCCCCACAGCGGUAUCAACAAAACCACGCUAUAGCCACGCGGACGCCUGCUUAAAAGGAAUACGCAACGCAUGAAAGAAUUAGUUCCACGUUCAUACACGUUUGGCGCACGCUUUAUCACAGCAAAUCGACCAUCGACCAAACCCAGUUCGGAUCCAUCACCAGCAUCGCCGCAGUGUGUGUUAUCCAUCCCGCGCCCAGUGUUCCCGAGAAACGAACGCAGCGAACGCAGUCUGCCAAACCGCCGAUUCCGCUUUCCCGUUGAGACGUGUGCCACUACUAAACCGCCAAAAUAAAGCUCAAAAUGGACGGAUCCUCGGUGAGCCCCCUGCCCUGUGAGGCUCCGCUAGCGAUGAUGGAGAGCGAGAAAACGCCACCGAGAAGUCCGAGCCAGCACGAUAUGCCACCGCCGCCGGACGAAAAGCGAUACGACGACGAUGACGAUCGCGUCUGGAACUGUGGCGCAUGGUUCGAGUACAUACUGGUCGUGGUCGUCUCCUCGAUCCUGCUGAUCGCCGCCUCGGUGCUGACCAUCUUCUGGACGAUCUACUACCGGAAGGGUUUCAACAUGGACGACCCGAAGCUGCAGUUCAACCUGCACCCGGUGCUCAUGAUCGGUGGCUACAUCACGCUGUCCGGAUUCUCCAUCCUGCUGUACCGAAUCUGUCGCUGCUGUUCGCACCUGAUCGUCAAGCUGUGCCAUACCUUCUUCCACGCCUGCUCGAUCCCGUGCAUAGUGAUUGGCUUCAUGGCCGUCUGGGAUUCGCACAACCAGCAGCAGAUUCCGAACUUCUACUCGCUGCACUCCUGGCUGGGCAUGAUCACAAUGGGACUGUUUGCGCUGCAGUUUGUGCUGGGCUUCUUCAGCUUCCUGAUUCUGCUGUGCUGCGAGAACGCAACUUACAAGUUCCGCUCCACCAUGGUUCCGAUUCAUGCCAGCUUCGGUGUGGCCACGUUCAUGCUGGCCAUCGCUACCGCCGUCACCGGUCUGACCCAGAAGGCUCACUUUGAACUUGGUGAAAACUACUCACAAACCGUGGAGGAGGGCAUCAUUAUGAACUCGAUCGGAGUCAUCCUGACCGGGCUGGGCAUCAUCAUUCCGUUCGCGGUACGACGCUCCAACUCGCCGGCCAACUGCAAGGUGUACGUCACCGAGCGUAUCUAAAGCAAGCAAUUUUUCUAUAAGCUCAAUCAUAAUAUCUAAAGGCUAAGAUGGUACGGCUGAAACAAACCGGCCAAGCCAUCCAAAACCCCAACGGUGGGGACUGCGAGCCGAUUAAGAAAUCAAAUUCAAACGGUCGAAAACAAAGGUGCGCGCGUACGGCGGACGGCUGCAAUGUCGUUUAAUUUAUGGAUCGAAUAGUUAAUGACAAGAGGUAUUUACGUACUUUAGUUUUACGACAGCGUACCCGGUACGGCAUGCGGUGCGACGAUUUGUUAUGUUUAUUUUAACCACCAUUCCCGGCUACAGCCUGGAAAGGAAUUGUUUUAUUAUCAACAUGCGCACGUGCGUGUGGAUGGGUGUGCGUAUGUUUGUGUCUAUUAUAUAUUUCCGAUUGUUUGAAUGCUGUGUUACGAGUGUGAAAAAAAAAGUCUAAAAUGAAUGGCAACAUUUUGUUGAUCUAAUAAUGUUAUUUAUACAACUCCUUCCGCCGACUGGAGACUGGUUGAUCUCGAGCGGCAAUGUUUAGAAUACGUUACGAUCCACCUUCUCACCACAUUGAACAGCACAUCGAAGCAACAACACCCGAAAGUGUGACACAUGAAAAGCAAAAAAAAAAAACAGUGGAAAAUGUUUUUAAUCUGAAACGCAUCAAAACCGCAACCGCGAAUCGGUCGAACGUACGAUUUUGAGUCAAACACGCAAGUCAAGCGCGGGCGACCGAAUGAAUCCAUAUACCAUUUAAUCACUAAUAUGAUACAAUUUCUUCAACCAAAACCCCGCUCUCCCAUAUUCGUCAGCUAACCCAAGUAGGUGUACCGCCCCAAGUCCACAAGUAGACGACUUGCGAACGCUAGGAAAGUUGUAGACGGCCAAGAAGAAAUGAUAGUAAGUAAGCUAAAUGAAUCAAAAUCAUACACACAAUCCCACGUAAUUAAAUGAAAAAAAAUGAAGAAAAAAAAACACAAUGUUAGUGCCAAUGGUGAAAAACCCGCGCAGGAUACUGUUUAUAGAAAUAAUCUCCCUUUGUCUCAGCGUGUUGUGUUUUACGGUUUUGAACAUUCUUUUACACUGUCUACAUACAUUCUCUAUCCCUAUCUCUCGUAACGCAUAGCAUUAGCUGAUCCGAAUAUGAUGAAACAUUUGCUCAUUUGAAGUGGACGGAAUUGAACUUUACCUAUUUAUCGAAAACGAGAAUCAAUCAAACCAAACGAACCAUCGGGAUUUCAACAAUAUAGCAAAACGAAAGAUAAAAAGAGAUAGUUUAGAUAAAUUUAAACCUCAUCCCUCUCUCCCUACCCCUCUUUUUCUAAUGUAAUUCCAAUACUUACGGAAUGGGCGCGCUGAUAUACAGCGGCAGCCAGAAAAUCGAUUUUAGAGGGCGACCAUUGAGUACGAGAUCGAGUAGACAGAUACAAGAGCAAGCAGAACAGAACAAAAUCAACACAACAACAACAACAAACAUAUGCAUAUAUUUAAAGAAACAAAAAAUGUGUGUUCAAACAAAAAAGUAACGUAUAAAUUAUUAAAGGAAAGAGAUGAAGAAGAAGCAUAAAACAACAUACAUACAAGGACAAGAUGAAAUGCAUGUUUGUUGCGGAAACGUAACGGAUGUGUCCAAAAGCAUGAAUGUAAUCAAGGAAAAAACACAGCGCAACGAGGGGAAAAUGGAGGAUGAUAAUAAGCAUACCGAGGUCCGAAGAAGGAAGCGCUUGCUGCGUUGUACGGGAAGGAAAAACCCACCAAGUUUUUUGCAAACAUCUGCUCUUUACAUAGACGUCGUGGCAGCGUGGCACAUCUUGCCACGCUCCGAGGGUGAAGUUACGGUAGCAUUACAUUACAUUUCCACGAAAAACAACAAAAAAAACACUAUAUAGUGCGUACUACUACAGCCUAGUGAACGAUGUAAUCCAAAACAAAAAACAAAAAUUUAAAGUCGUAUUUACGUAGUUCAAAGAGAAUUCCCUAAGAACCUAAAAUUCGUCUCGCUGCAGCAAGCACCUACGCUGGGUGCUUGGGAUGGUGUCACGCUGUAUUAUUACGGAUACGGCACCGGCGUUGUUAUUUGUUUACUCGUUAUGUUUGUCUUCGUUACGUUCCCCACAGGCCAUAGGUGCGCGUUUGCAUAGCUACCGCUACGCUAUAACGCCACCGAGAUGGCAGACCAAACCACCUUUUACGAUUAUUAUUAUUAUAAAGUAAAAAACAAAUUACUUAUAAAUACAACAGUGGAUAAAGCCAGUGGAGUAAGCAAUCAAACGAUAUAAGAAUGAAUUUACAACCUCCCAAAAAAAGAAAAAAAAGAAGAAGGCACCAGCAACAUCCUACACCAUCCGAUCGAAAACAGUACAAUGUAUUUGAAAACCGAACGUUUGUUAGAGGGCACGUAUUUAUGUAUCUUCUCCGUGUGUACCUUUGUUGUGCCGUUCGAGCACACCCACAUUAAAUGCAAUUCGCCCGGUACCCGGUGCCCCGGUGGGGCGUGCUCAAAAUUUGGUGUGCGAAACACUCUUUGAAUAUUUACAUAUAUAUUUGUCCGUUACUUAGCUUAAAACCUGCAAUACAAACGUGGUCGGGGACGGAGGACGAGCGAAACCGGAAAGGGUACGAUUGACGCAUUAAUUAAUCUAACGCGAAAAAAAACCCAUUUUUUAUACACACAUAGUAUGAUGCAAACCAAAAUUUUUGCUAUCGUCUCAUUUCCUAGCAAAAUGUUACAACACAUAACCAAGCUGUGGAAAACUCAUUUCAUACCAUAAACACAAGUAUAUGUAAAAAAUAAAUAAAACAAGAUCUGUAGGGAAAAUG